UAUAGAGUGUGUAUACUGUCAUCAGCACAGUCUCGUUGGAGCGGACUCAUCUAAGCACACACUGUGCCAAAAAAUCACAGUGAAUCCUCGUUAUUGUUUUGCCCAAAUUUACUGUAGUUCAGCAUACAGGGGUUACUGCACAUGGCAGGAUAGACUGUACCUUGGACAGGGUUUUCCGCACUCUAACUCUGUUGCACAGCAAAUCGCGUGAAAGUACAGUACUAGAUUCCGUUAUAAAAGUACUGUAAAUCCUGUUCUCUGAAUUGCUCUGUCGUGCUUGGUCCUCACACCUUUCGUGUCAAAACUAGUGGAUUCCUGUCUGGCUCGAGCUGUCGGAACUUCGUCCUUCGUCGUACAUCUGUGGCGAUGGAUAGUGAAGCAAUGGUCGAGCCGGAGAUAUCGCUGCUGUCCCUGCCGGACGACGCGCUGCUGGCCGUGCUGGCGUUCCUGUCGCCGCGGGAGCUCUUCGCGUGCCGCGUGGCGUGUCGCCGCCUCCGGGACCUCUGCCUGCAUCAGCACCUGUGGCGGGCGGCUUCAGUGGAGAGCGAGGGCGUGCUGCGCGCCGCGUUGGCCCUCGCGCCCUGCAUCGGGACCAUCGCCAAAGUCCCCAUGGAGGCUCUGGAACCGCUCGUGUCCGCUUCUGCCUGCACCGUCUCCGGGCUCGAACUAAGUGUGUAUGGAGAGAAGUCAGUCGCCCUGGCCUUAGCUUUGCUGUCGAGAUUCUCCGCUGUCUCCAGCGGGUUGAGGUUGACAAAGCUCACCUUACAUCUUUCGUCAUGCCUUCCCAACGCGACAGCCUCACUUAUCUUCCAGGCGCUUUAUGCCUUCAACGGCCUCCAGGAUCUUACUUUCGAUAACGACCUAGAUUCAGCUGUAUUGGGUGAACUCGAAGUGCUGCCGUCCUUGAGGAAGCUCAUUUUAACUUCAUCUUCCACGGGUGCCUUCUUCAACCUAAUGCUGAGGACACAUUUUGCAACUUUGGAAGAUGUUGAUAUUAGUUACCUUAAAACUGACGUCCCUUGGUCGUCUCUCGCCAGUUUGUCCAGGCUGCGCUCGCUGACAUGCUACCAGGGUGAAGGCCUGUCUCAUUUGGCUGCAUUGCCCAUUGCUCACUUAGAUAUCUCUAUCGAAGAGGACGAUGCCUGCGCUCCGGGUGCUCUAGAGUUUCUGUCUAAGGCAUCCCACCUGCGGACCGUGAAGCUGUCCGCCACCCGAAACGUCAUCAAAGCUCCUCUGCUUGCUCUGGGAAAGUCACUCUCGGCACCAACUCUGGAAUCACUUGACGUGAACGGUGAUUACGAUUUUCGGUGGGCCGGUGUUGCGACGAUGGUGACACCCGUUCUCGUUCUGUCGAAGUUUCUCUCUCUGAAAAGCCUUAUCCUGACCAUAAAUAAUGAGCCACUACCGGAAGACCUCCUGCAGGCUGUGAGUCCGACGUCCUCUCCCUGCCUCACCAUGCUGGAGCUACACGUCAAAGAAACUCUUGAAUUGUGGUUUAAUGAUUCAGAAUCAGAAACGUCCCUUUGCCUCCAUGAAGCUGUGCACGGUCCGUUUGUCCUCGACCUCUUCGUGCGCAACCCCCGCCUGCACCUUCGUGUGGUGGAGUGGUACAGGUAUUACUGCAAGGAUUGCUCGUGGUGUUGGUGGGGCUGCCAUGCGCGACUUCACCGUGAGGCUGUGGUUUCAUUGUCGUCGCACAGCUUGGGGGCCGGGUGCCCCCUGGACUGUUAUCAGGUCAUCAAGUCUGGUGGCCGCCCUCACGCCGCGGGUUGAGAAAAGUCUGUACCUAACUGACAGUUUAUUUUCUGGAAAUGAUUAAAAUGGUGUACCUAACUGACAGUUUAUUUUCUGGAAAUGAUUAAAAUUGUGUACCUAACUGACUGUUUAUUUUCUGGAAAUGAAUAAAAUGGUUUCUUACUGUGUUUUA